GGUUGGGGAAGUAGCUAUUUUUAUUUUUUCUGCCAUGGCCAGCAGAAUCGAUUCCGCCUUCGACCAUCGUGAGAGGUAGGUAUUAAGACCGAGUCUACGGACGGGUUGUUCAUUACAUGCCUCCAAACCGCCCACCAGACUCACCAUGUCGGCCCCGAAGCCUGAGUUCCUGAAAUUCACAGGCCAUAAAUCAUUUACGCAGCGUCUAGUGCUCGCGACCCUGACUGGUCGUCCUCUACACAUAUCCAAGAUCCGUUCCAAUUCCCCCACCAACCCUGGGCUCGCCCCUCAUGAAGUCUCGUUUCUUCGCCUCCUCGAAUCCGUCACCAACGGCAGCUCCAUGCAAAUAUCCUACACCGGCACGGCCAUCACAUACCACCCUGGCCUGAUAACAGGAGCCGUGCCGGGAUUUGGCGCCUCCGACGAUGUCCUCGAGCACCAACUCCCCGCGACCUGCUCCCGGGGCGUCACCUACUUCCUCCUGCCGCUCUGCCUCCUGGCGCCUUUCGCGAAAUCCCACAUGAAUGUCCGCUUUUCGGGGCCGGGCGUCAUCACGUCCGCCACUGAGACCGGCGACCUGUCGGUCGACUCCUUCCGCACCGCUAUCCUGCCGCUGUACAACCUCUUCGGCAUCCCCGCCGCGCGCAUAGAGCUGAGGGUGCUUCAGCGAUCGUGCGUCGGCCCGCACGGCGCCGGCGGCGCCGGCAUCGUCGAGCUCAGAUUUGCGAGCCAGGUGCGGCUACCCAAGACCUUGCACCUGAACCGACACCCGGGCAGGAUAAAGAGGAUACGGGGCGUCGCGUACGCGACGGGCGUGUCGGCGUCGAACAAUGCGCGCAUGAUACACUCGGCGCGCGAGGUCCUCAACCCGUUCGUGUCGGAUAUCCACGUCGCGGCGCAAUACGACCAGGCGCCCUUGGUCCCCGAUGCCGCGGACAAGCCUGGGAGCAAAAAACGGAUGGGCAUUGGCUUCGGGCUCAGCCUGGUCGCAGAGUCAAGCGCGGUGGGCGUGCUCUUCUCGGCAGACGUCGUAACGCCCCCAAAGGGAGGCGUCGUGCCCGAAGAUAUCGGGAAGCGAUGUGCAUACCAGCUUUUGGAAGCCAUAAGCCUGGGAGGUUGCGUCAGCACAGCAGCGACGGGGACAGUCCUAACCUUGAUGGCGAUGGGUUCCGAGGAUGUUGGGCGUUUACGGCUCGGGAGAGAUGUCAUGGGCACGGAGGAAGUGAUAGGACUGGCGCGGGAUCUUAGAAAGUUCGGGGCUAGCAGCUGGGGACUGCGCGACGUCGAAGACGACGAUACAGGCGACAUCAUCGUCUCGGUAAAAGGGACUGGGGUCGGGAACGUAGGUAGAAAGAUUGCAUAGUAAUGAUAUCCAUUCAAACCGUACAG